AUGAUGGCGCCUUCACUGGGGCAGGUCAUUCUUAAUUUCUGGGAGGCUUGCAAAAAGCACGUGCGACACAAUGGUGUCCCGUCAUUCGAGGUAAGAGUCAAGCAGGCGCAGUUAUUUGCCUGGCAGAAGCUCGUACAAGUGGGCCGUCAAUGUUUACAUGGCCUCCUGCAGUACCCUAGUGCACCUGUGCAAUGGUACCAGCAUGUCCUUGCAGGAGUUAGGGUUGGAAUUGACUUUGCAGCCUGGAUGCAGCACAUCCUGGCCGAGGCGCCUUGCGCGGGCCGUAUUAAGCCUGCGACAAUGCCACUGAGACUUGGACUUGCCAACCCCAGUGUCACCGGUUGCAUGGACAUUAAAGGCGAGCGCCUCAACUGGCAGCCGAUCCUAGACGAGAACAGGGGCAUCUACCCAGCCAUGACAAAGCUAGGACUUGACGCCGUGGGCCUCACCGCGGCGCGCCUGAGUCCCAACGCUUGCCUUCCUACUCGUGUAGCAGGUGUGCUUGUUUGCCGCGGCGGACCACAGUACGGUAGCACUGCGGUACUCAGAAGCCAAAGUUUUGCACAGUGCUCUGCAGUCCGCCAAGACAUUGGGAACAAUAGACGCAUGUGGACUGACAUUGUCCUAGAAGAUGGUCGUAGCCUUUUUUGGGUUACGCUUUCUCUGCCACCCGAGGGCACCCAAAGAGAUGAAGAGUGGAUGACAGAACUUGAAGGCCUCGCCUGCGAUGUCCAGCUACUCCACGCCAGCUCGACUAAGGAGCCCCUCUUCCUGUGCACCGGAGACAUGAACAUCCAACCAGAUAAUUUAGGUGACCGCCCGGAACCCUCAAGAACCAGGCAGCGGGCUUGGGAAGCAUUCUUGGACAAGACAUCCUUCGCGACCUUCAAUCCGUUCUGGGCGGAUCCACAGCCACAGGAAGUACACCUGCCUUUCCGGGAUCGAACUGUGACUAUUUGGCCGCACACGACCCGUCAUCACCAUCGUGGCCCAGGGAGAGCCAUUGAUCUUGUUUUUGGCAGCUCUUCUUUGGCGGUUGAUGUUUUCAUACAUAAUUCUAUCUCGUGUGGUGGGGUAGGAACAUGCCCUGUUGCCUGUUGUCAAGAAAUUGGAUGCGGAGACCAUUUUCUUCUGCGCCUCGAAGUUGCCCUGUCCCCAGCUAGCUCCUCCAGCUGCGCGGCCCCGCAUUUCCCCGGGAAGUGGCAUGAUAAACGCAGAUGGACCACAGCACUGCGGCAAGCAGAAGCGCCUCUCAGGCAGCUUACAGCCGCCGCGUUACAGGGCUAUCAGGACCAUAGGAGGGCGCCGGCAAUCUCCAACAUAGGACUUGAAGCUUGUGCUAUGCUGCUAAACACCAUGGCUGGAGCACUCCGCGACAUCUGGAUAGGGGGGAGCGUAAGCCCCCGCAGCGACCACAGCUCGCUGACCAACAUCACCAGGCACCUCGAAAUUGUUGAUUCCGAGGAACUUGAAGAUAUAAGCCGCCAGCUGAGCUCAGCCCCGAGUGGUGCCGCGCUUCUCCACAAAACCUGCCGGCUGCUCAAGCCCCACACCCCGCAGCCUGUUUGCUGCAUGAUAGAGGGCCAUCAUCUUUUGACAGAAACCGAAACACACCAAAAAUGGUGUCAAGCCUUAUUAGAACAGUGCGGGCCUCAGUCCCACAUCGACCAAGGCUUUCAGCAUCUUGUCUGCAAUAGAUUGCAAACCCUCCUGAACAAUGCACGCUCGAAGCACACGCAGCUGCAUAGGGAAAUGCCAUUUCUGCAGCAUGAAGUUGCUGAAGUAAUUUCUGGUUGGUCUGCAUCUUGCGCCAUGCCCCCUGACCUCCUCCCACGGGCCCUUUUCAUGUGCAAUAGUGACGACUGGAAUGAUGCAGUGUGGGCCUUGCAGAAAUGGGCAGGCCCCUCAGGAGCAGCGCAUAGGCCGUCACUGUGGAGGGCAGCUGCGCUGUGCCCCUUACACAAAAAGGGAAGUGCAGCAGAAAUCAGCAGCUUUCGCUUAAUCUUUAAUAAAGCACAAAUGGGGCUUGUGCAAGAGGCCUUGUUCACGCAGCGGUGGCUCCUACGGGUACGAAGCUUUGUAAUGCCUUGUCAAAGUGGGUAUGUGAGGGGUGCUGACGAUGCUUGGCUACUCCUGCACGAAACGUGUGCGGAAGCCUUAUCACAACACCGUCCCAUCUGGCUGGUUCUAGGGGAUUUUAGGAAGGCCUUCCCAAGCGUCAUUCGCGAGGACCUGCUGCACAGUCUUGCUGACGGUCCAGGUGUGUCAGGAGAUAGCUUGCUCCUCUGCGCUUCUAUCCUCAAGCAGGACUCAGUCCUUGUCUGGCACAGCGGCCUCUCGGAGGUAACUGUCUCCAGUGGAAUCCCGGAAGGCGGAACUCUUGGACCCUUGGCUUACCCUUGCCUACUCGACAGCUUGGUUAGGGAGUUGCUCGCAAAAGAGUGUGGCGUGGGCCUAGAAGUAACCGUCCCGCCGGCGUGGUCACACAUGUGUUGGAAGGGUCAGGGCUCCCCUAGUCCUCACCUAGUGCAAGAUCUCAAGGCCUCUAUCCAGCUAGGCCACCAGCUGCCUUCGACGGAGGCGCUGCAAGCUGAUGCAACGCUCGAGGCUUCAGCGCUAAGGGCGAUAAAUGACCUUGCUCCGCACAGACUCGUGGCAGUACUCCAUGCGGAUGACCCGGUCAUCCUGGGGUGUUGCAGAGGAGAGACACAGCGCAGCCUCAACAUCCUGUCAGAUUGGGCACGGAGACACGGGGCUUCUUUUCAUGUUGGGGAGUCUAAGACUGUUUCGAUGAUCUGUUGCUCUUCUCCAUGCGUCUCCCCCACCGCGUGCGGUCCCUCUCUUCUCUUGGAUAAUCUCCCCCUGGCGUUUAAAAACCAACACAGGUGGCUAGGAAUUACUUGGUCGGCGUCCUUGUCUUUUCAGGACACCUUAUCCCAAAAAGCAGCACUGGCAGGCGCAAUUUGGAGCUCCAUCUGCGGCCUUCUUCAUGGCCACGCGUUUCCGCUUGACCUCGCCCUUAGUCUCUUCCGCUCCAAGGUUCUGCCUGUCCUCUUAUUCGGGGCUUGCUUGUAUGGUUUGGAGGCUAAUUUGGAAGAGUUCCUUUCUCGCCUACAAAGUUCUUGGGCUAGACAAGUAUUAAAACUUGAACCGUGGCGCAACGCUGCAGUUGCUGCCGCCGAGCGGGGCUGGACUCUGCCAUUGCAUUUGGAAGUCGUUUUGGAAAUAGCAAUGAAGCGCUUCCGCCUCUGGCAGCUUCCAGAUGGAGACCUCUACAAGACUAGGUUCAUGUGGAGUCACGGAGUAGGACAAUCAUGGGCUUGCAAGAGCCUCAACCUCAUUGAGAGCUGGGGCCUCGUGGAUUGGAUGGAGUGGAAGUCGCCACACUGUGACUACCGAGCCUACGCUCGGCAGCAUUUGGAGAUGGCGUGGUUUGGCUCUUGGCUUAAGGAAGCUGAGCUCUCCCAGCAACCUCCCGCCUAUACGAGUUUUCAGGCAGUGCACAGCCGCAUCCCCGAGACCGUGGCUGCACAAAUGCUGCCAUGGGACACCAGAAUGGGCAUCCUCUCGCUCUGCAGGCUCAGGGCAGGUUCUCUGCGACUCAGCUCUUUGAACGGGAGGCCAAGCGCAGCGAAGAUCCAGCGAUGCAUCUGCUGCAGCCGCAGGACCAGGGCAGCUAGGGUCCAUGUGAUGGCAGUGUGUGACCACUGGCUGAGCCAGAGGCAGCAAGUCUGCCAGUCGCUGGGCCUAGCUGCAGACGAGCUUACGCCAGCAGACCUGUGCAGGUCCAUCAUCGGCUGCUCCCCCACAGCCACAGGUUUUCGGGCCGUAGUAAGCUGGGCAGUAAAGCUGGACAGGCACCACUCUCAAUACUGGGGUGCGCAGCGGCUUGGGAAUUAA